AGAGGCGGAGAAAUAGAAUAUCCGUAUGUGUGGGAAGGGCUCUGUCUGCUUGUUGAUUAGUCUUGAAUAAAAAAAGCAGGAAAAAUUUUUUUUUUCUAAAAACAGCUGUCAGUUUUUCGGAAUAAAUAAUAGCAUAAAAAUGCCAGGAAUUGACAAACUGCCGAUAGAAGAGACACUGGAGGACAGUCCUCAGACUCGCUCGCUGCUUGGCGUGUUUGAGGAAGACACAUGUGCCAUAUCCAGCUACUACCAUCAGCUCUUCAAAGCCAUGCAGAGGAUAUAUGAUGCACAGAAUGAACUGAGCGCUGCAACACACCUGACCUCCAAGUUAUUGAAGGAAUACGAAAAGCAGCGUUUUCCACUCGGUGGUGAUGAUGAGGUCAUGAGCUCCACUUUGCAGCAGUUUUCCAAAGUUAUCGAUGAGCUCAGCUCCUGUCAUGCCGUCCUGUCCACUCAGCUAGCAGAUGCCAUGAUGUUCCCCAUCACUCAGUUCAAAGAGAGGGACUUAAAAGAAAUCCUUACUCUGAAGGAAGUGUUCGAAAUAUCCAGCGACGAUCUCGACACGGCCAUCAACAGAUACAGUCGGCUGUCUAAAAAGAAAGAGAACGAGAAGGUAAAGAGUGAAGUGAUGGAAGAUGUUUACACUUCAAGGAAAAAGCAACACCAGACCAUGAUGCACUACUUCUCAGCACUUAACACGCUACAAUAUAAGAAAAGGAUUGCCCUGUUAGAGCCGCUGCUGGGGUACAUGCAGGCGCAGAUCAGUUUCUUUAAGCUCGGAUCAGAGAACCUCACACAGCAAUGGGAGGACUUCCUCACAAACAUCGGAACCAGUGUACAGAAUGUACGCAGGGAGAUGGACAGUGAGGUGGACACAAUGCAGCAGACAAUCCAAGAUCUGGAGCAGGCCAGUGAUCUGCUAUACAUGCCCGACCCUGACCCUAAUAAAAUCCCAAUUAACCGCAACCUGACCCGCAAAGCUGGAUAUCUCAACACUCGCAAUAAAACAGGGCUGGUGUCGUCCACCUGGGAGCGCCAAUAUUUCUUCACACAAGGAGGGAACCUCAUGAGUCAGUCUCGAGGGGACGUAGCAGGAGGGCUGGUCAUGGACAUAGACAACUGUUCUGUCAUGGCAGUGGACUGUGAGGAUCGACGCUUCUGCUUCCAAAUCUCUUCAUUCGAUGGCAAAAAGGUUGGCAUUUUACAAGCAGAUAGCAGAAAAGAUUGUGAAGAGUGGAUUGCAACAAUAAAUAACAUCUCGAAGAGGAUAUAUCUUAGUGAGAAGCCUGAGGAAACUGCAGCAAGAGUCAACCAGUCAGCUUUGGAGGCUGUGACACCAUCGCCUUCAUUCCAGCAGAGGCAUGAGAGUUUUAGACCCAGCACGCAGGGCCGACCCCGUGCAGCCCGCACUGGCAGCCAGAGCUCAGCAGGUUCUGAGUCACCUGCUCUCUCCUCUCUGUCUCUGGAUUCCCUGGUGGCUCCAAACACCCCCAUCCAGUUUGAUAUCAUUUCCCCAGUCAGUGAAGAUUGCACAUCACAGGCUAAAGGUCCUGUCCAGGGCAGAAGGACAAACCCAUUCGGAGAGUCUGGACAGGUGCAGUCAGGAGACAGUGAAGACUCCAUCCUGCACCAGCUCUUCAUCGUGCGUUUCCUGGGAUCCAUGGAAGUGAAGGCCACAGAGAACCCGGAUGUCAUCUACGAGACAAUGAGGCAGAUCCUGGCGGCUCGAGCCAUCCACAACAUCUUCAGGAUGACCGAAUCACAUCUGCUUGUCACCUGCGACUGCUUGAAGCUCAUUGAUCCUCAAACACAAGUCACAAGAUUAAGGUUCCCUCUGUCCAGCGUGGUGAUGUGUGCAUCCCAUCAAGAGAACAAGCGCUUGUUCGGCUUCGUGUUGCAUACAGCGGGGGGGCGAGUCGAUGGACGUCCCGUCACCGUCUGCUACAUCUUUGAAUCUAAUAAUGACGGGGAGAAGAUCUGUGAUAGUGUUGGUUUGGCAAAACAGAUAGCCCUUCAUUCAGAAAUGGAUCAAAAAGCCACUCAGAAGCAGAGAGAGAUGGAAAAGGCCAAGGAGAAGCACCAAGAAGAGCUGACUAAACAAAAACAGAUUGAAAAGGACCUGGAGGAACAAAGCCGCCUGAUAGCUGCCUCUAGUCGUCCAAACGCGCCGGCUGCUGACGGACAGUUCCUCGUCCUCAGCAAGAGCCAAUCAGAAGACAGCGAAAUCGGGGAGGAGGGGCAGAAAAGAGGCGAAUCUGAUGCUUGAGAGUAAAGAGCAUGAGGAUAAAGUUGAUCUCUACCUGGACUCAACUUUUCAUUCAAAGCUCUUAAACUUUAAGACAUUUCCUUUAAAGCUUCUGGUUUACUAAAGGAAAUGAUAUUUUUGUGAAAUGACUGCAGAUUAGAGCCGAAAGUGUCAUUUUAUGGGUGGGUGGAUUGGGAGAAACUCACACAAGCUGGUUUUAUUUGUAUUAAAUCUUGUAUUUUGUACCUUUUCCAUUACUGACUUGUAUUGAAAACACACUUUUAGAUGUUUUUUGAUUGUUGUGGUUGUUUGUGUGUGUUUGAGAGAGAGUGGUGCACUGCUAAAAACGUGUGUGUGUGGAUAACUGGGAUUUUAUUUUUUGAGGAAAUUGCACGUGUGAAUAUCACAUACUAAAGAAGGACUGAUACUGUAUAUUGAACUUUAUGCUCUAACAUGCCUGCAUGUUCUUCAGCUUGUGUCAUAUCUACAUCAGUAACUGAAUUGCAUUGCGGUCGAAUCUAAACAGAUUGUAAUUGUGGUGAAUUCUGUAAGAUUCAGAUUAGCCUUCGCAGACGGUCACCUAUGUAAUUAAGGAUUGUGGAUGUGGUAAUGUGGUAUUUUUAGGGGUUUAUUUGUCAAAUAAAGCAUAAAUUGUAAUCAUUUUAAUCAUUUGUUUAACCCCAUAAAAUUCCCAGUUUACCGUUAAUAAGUACAAUAAGAAUAUUGUUAUUUAACUCUAAUUACAAAUUGCAGUAAAAUUAUGUAGUUAAAGUCCUGGGAGUUUAAGGGGAUUUUUUAUAUAUAUAUUACAACGUUUACAGAUUUUGGCUUUUUUUUUUAAUGUAUAAAUAUAAUAUCAUGAAUAAUCAUGCUCUGUAAUUAACAUCCUGUAACAAUGAUGCAAAUGUACUUACUUUAAACACCAUGUCUGUUCAGUCUACAGCCGUCUGUGACAAGAAACCUUUUGGGGCGGCGGGAUUUAUCGUUUAUUUGUGUUGUUAACAGUUCAUUCUGACCUUUUGUCAAAUGUUGUGUUCAUGUAAACGAGUUUCUUCCAAAAUGGACACAAAUUCCUGAUGCACGUUUGAUUAUAUACAUUAGUGACUAAUGCUUUUUGAAUUCUGAAAUUUGACUUCAGCCACUGAAACAGAAUUUGAAACAGAAAACCCAGUUCUUGUUCAAUGGAAAAAUGGCUUUGUGUUGUUGGAAAUAAAAUGCAAAUGUUUUAGUCCA